AUGGGGGCUCUAGCCCGAGAGAUGGCGGGGGCUUUGAGGGAGUCCAUGAACAUUUUGAGGGCAGAGACCCAAGCGAGGGAAAAUAUUGCGGAGACUAGAGCUAGCUUCCUCAUGAGGGAGUUUUUAAGGGCCAAGCCGGAUGAGUUCCAUGACGGCCCCGAUCCAAAGAAGGCGGAUGAAUGGUUGGAACAAACCAUGAAGACCUUUGAUAUGCUCCAUAUAGAUGAUGGUGAACUGAGGGUGACCCAUGCUAGUUAUUACCUCAAAGAUGACGUCGGCCAAUGGGAGAGGUUGAGGCAGGAGUUCAAGGAUCUUAAGCAACUUAGCAUGUCUGUGGCCGAAUUUGAAGCAGCCUUUUCUAGCUUGUCUCGGUUUGCAUCGAAGUUAGUAGCGACGGAGGAGCGCCGUUGCUUUGAAUUUGAGCAGAGGUUGAGGAUGAAGAUUUUGUUCAAGGUUGCCGAGAACAUGAUCCGGAAUUAUGAUCGCCUUGUGGAGGCGGCUGCACAUGUGGAGAUUACGGUGGAGGCCGAAGAAGAGAGACUUCGAGCUUCGAGGUCUAGGGGCCAAGGGUCACAGGGGGACUUUAGGCCCAACAAAAAGAGUAAGAGCACCUUUUCAUCCCAGUCUCAGCUGCAACAAUCUAGAUCUACCUUUCCCUUGCCUAGUACGGGCUCGGGAAAAGGUGCAUCGAGCGGGUUCUCUUGUUUCAAGUGUGGCCUACCGGGUCACAAGACCUUUGCACGUCCGCAGAAGGGAGGAGGACAGCAGAUGUUGCCAUCACCACCACCAAACCGAUCCCAGAGUUAG